CAUCUGUUGCUAAACUAAACGCGCCUCGUCUCCAGACAGACAGACAUUGACCUCCACUCUUCGUAACUGCUUAUAUCAACUUCUGCACUGUCUAAUACGAUUGUCCCUUCGCGAUGCCCGCCUGUCAUGGCUGCCGAGUACGCAAGGUCAAGUGCGAUGAUGGAAACCCCUGCUCGCCAUGCCGCCAGUUUGAUGUGCAAUGCAUCAGAUCCACUGCUCCAAGGAAACGUCAGAACCCGAAGCGCGGGCGUCUUGUAGCCCAGGCCAGAGAAGCAAACCUCCAGCACCAACAGCAAACCGCACUCUCGCCAAGCGCCUCUGUGUCUCCCUCGGCAGUUCACUCAACGCCUCAUGCGGCUAGUGAGUGGCCACCAGGGAGUAGCCCUGGUUCAGCGAUAUCAGGCCCCUAUUCGCCAAACUCUGAGGCCUACACCACAGGCUUCUUUCACUCGUUACUGCCCGAGUUUGAGAAGGUGGUUUAUCCUUUCAGCCCUGCUAUCACUCCUGAUGAAAUUGUCAGGUCGAUAUCAAUGAUGCAUCACAACUUUGAGGAUGCAGCUUUGAUAUACGCAUAUGCAGCUGUUACUACAUUUCUAUCACAAACCGCGGACAACUCACAUGGCAGUGUAGCGGCUCAAAUAAACAAUCUGGUGUAUCACAGUCUCGAAGCACAACACCGUGCUGCCGUUGGCUCCCAUGGUCCAGGACGUGUAGAUGAGGUGAUGCCUCACAACAUCAAGCGCAUCGUGACAUGCAUCUACCUCGAGAUAUCAACUAUGGGACUGCCUCGACUCGACCGAAGUUUCAGCUUCAUCCGGGAGGCAAUAUCACUAAUUCAGAUCAUGGAGGCUCACCAGCGCACAUUACCAGAUCCUACACGGACACCAUAUCCUAUGGCCCGUUUUCAGCAAGUCUACUGGGAAGCCUACAUCCACGAGAGAUUCCUUACCAUCGCUGAUGGGUAUCCCAGUAUCAUGGGGCCUCUACACACGAAUCUUUCAGCGCCGGACUCUUCUACGCCAGAACAUAUUCGAGUUGGCUUCAACUGCUUAAUAGAACUCUUCCUAACUUUGGACGAGACGUUCCUCGCAUGUUGGCAGUCUCAAAGAGGUGCAAUCGGCGGAUUAACGGUGCAGUGGAUUGAAAGCAAGCAAGUACAACUUGACCAAGCUGAGAUGAAUGCUGCAGCGGCCGAGGCAAGGAUGCACUCCGAGGGACACGCAGGUUUCACAGAACUACAGCGUGCGGAUCUAUUCAUCACUAGACUCUGGCUUCGCACGUUGCUCUGGCAAUUAGCGCUCUCACAAGGACUUUUGCGUUCAGGGUCAUCAGAUACGACUCACGAAGGCCUAUCGCUGCAGUUCCCAGCGUCUCGAUUAUCAAUACAACUCCGCAGCUUGGUCGGGCAGCUGGAUAGCAUUGUGAGUAUAGCGACGCAAGGCAGCGGUAUCAUACAAAAGCUCUUUGAGAUCGCCAGCACAAUUGCCGACGUGCUCGCUCUGCCUUCAGCGCACAGCCAAGCAGAGGACGGACUAAGGCCACAUGUCAAGGACUUCCUUUACGUGGUCAACUUUUUGCUAGAUUUGGGGUUGAUGAGAGAGAACCAAAAGGAUUAUUUGCGCGAGAAAUAUCACAUGUUGCAGCCGUUGAACACCGAGGGAAGGAUGCCUGCACAUGCUGGUGAGCAAGCGGUCGCUUCUUAGAAUGAUGAUACUGUCUGGAUGGUGUCUAAGUACUUGACCAGGAUAAUAAACGUUAUGAUCCUACGUAGUAUGUGUAGGUAGGCAGAACAGGAUUAGCCAUGAUGAAUGAUGAUUACCAAGCUUUCCCCAGUUUGACAUGCCAAUUUUCAGAGGAUUGGGUCAU